UAGCACUUAUGCUCACAUUUCUAGCCAACGACCAGGGAAAGAUAGAAGACUUAAAUGCAAAAAUUCAGACUCAAACCAGUUCUUUAAAGGGCAAUAACAACUCACUAGGAAUACUUCUUGAGAAUCAACGUGAAGAAGUUGAAAAAACAAGCGAAGUUAUAAAUAUCACAGAGAUGAAUCUAUUGACAAAUUCAAAUUUGACAGCAAAUAUACUUUCACUAUCAUACAAAACAAAAAGGUCUUUCAAAGAAAUUGGAGAAAUGAUAGAAGCAAUGUCGAAUCGAACAAAUACUUCGAUCAAUAAAGUAGGAAACAUGAUGGAAGCAUCCUUUAGCCAAUUACAAUCUUCUUCGGAGGACAUUGCAAACACUAUGGAAGUAUUAUCUAAUCAUACUAAAACGUCGAAUUCAGAUGUGAAGGAGGUAAUAAAAGAACAAUCUAAUCAAACCAAAACAUAUUUAGAAGACAUGAUGAAAGAUUUACUAAAAGAUCUCAAAGACGAAUUGGUAGCAGUCAUUGAAUCGAGAAUUGGAGGUGGCUGUGUAAAUAACAGUUUAAAUGUCACUACUGGGGCAUGCGUUGACAGCUGUUUGAGAGUCGAGGACGGGGAUUACCAGUCAUGUGACACUUGUCAUGGUUACGUGACGUGCUCGCAUAAUUAUAUCUUUCCUAGAAAUUGUUCCGAGACUAAUCAUAAUCUAAUUUGGGAUGAUAGUAUAAAAAGAUGUGAAACGCAAAGUAAAACUUGCAACCCCUCUGACUUCACAUAA